AUUGUGUCCAGGGGGCAUGAAAACAUCUAGCUUAUCUUUAAGAACAAAAGACAAUAACAAAGAAACAUAAUAUGAUUUUUUUAUCUUAUCAUGCUAGGAUUUUCUAGAUUCAGUGGAUCUUGGAGAAGAAAACGAAAAAUAUGAUAUAACUCAAUUUUGAAAAGGACCCAAAAUGCCCGAAUUAUCGUUACCAUAAUUUAGGUUACAACAGCCAAGUGCUAGGAGAAGGGAGAGAAUAAGUUUUGGAAUAUAAACAGACGAAGCAAAGCAUUAUUGCAGUGGUUUCCCCUUUAAAUUUGACCCACAAUGCCAAGCGCCGAUCCCUUUCAUGGCAGGUUCAUUCUGCUAGACCCCUGCCUUUAGUUUGUAAAUAAAGCGAAAUCGGGUCGCUUUUCUUGGAUUAUGAUAAAGUUUCCGACCAGUGUUUUGAGAAGUUUUGUAAAUUUGAAAUCAGGUCAUUUAGGAUAGUGAGUUUUCUAAUUUAAGUGUUGCUUUGUGUGCAUUUUCUCUUGGAUUAAAAACAUCGUACAUUUCACGGAAGCGCUAUUCAAAUGAGCUGAGCCCCUGAAAAAUGGCGACCACCGCAUCAGUUAACGUCAGUCUGGAUGACAUUGAUCUAUCAAGUCUAAGAGAUCCUGCUGGGAUAUUUGACCUGAUAGAAGUUGUGGGCAAUGGAACCUAUGGUCAAGUGUACAAG